AUGUCUGAUUAUACAUAUAAUAGUAAUGCACUUUUUUCAGCUAAUAGAGGGUCAUCUAAAGAUGUAAAACUAUCUGUAGAUGAUGAACUAUUUAUAGGUGAUGAACUAUUCAUAAGCAAUAAACUAUUCAUAGAUAUUACAGUAAAAUAUUUUCAUAAUUCUUCAACUAGAAAUAUACUUGGUCAUCUUUGGACCAAACAUAGAAUUGAUAAAGACUAUCCUAAGGGAAUAGAAACUAGUGACAUGAUCAUAAAAGCUACAGAAUUACAAAAAGCAAUUGAUUAUCUUGCUCUUAUACUACUAUUAGAGUAUAAACAUUGUGACCAACUUGAUAGUGAAUAUUUGAACUUAACUUAUUCUAUACUUAAUCUUAUUUAUCCAACAAUGAAACUAUUUAUUAAAAAGUUUAUGCCUUCUGAUGAACAAACUAAAAAGGAUUAUAUCAAUUUAUUAUUUGAAUCUAAAGAACAAACAAAUAACCAAAGUCAACUAAUUGAUAAAGAAAAUUCUAAUAAAAAUUCUAAUGAAUCAAAUAUAGAUGAAUCUGUGACAUCAACAAUUUUGAAACAACUUUAG